AUGUCUACUUUUGUUGAUUUGUACAAGAGAGGCGGUAACGAAGCCGUCAAGAUCAACCCUCCUACGGGUGCUGACUUCCACAUCACUAGCCGUGGUUCCGACUGGCUAUGGGCUGCUUUCUGUGUGUUCUUGUUGCUAGCUAUCGUCUUCGUCCUAUUGAUGUUCCGUAAGCCUGUCAACAACAGAUUCGUCUACUUGACCGCUAUCGCUCCAAAUGUCUUCAUGGCCAUCGCCUACUUCUCCAUCGCUUCUAACUUGGGUUGGAUUCCAGUCAGAGCUAAGUACAACCACGUCAGAACCUCCACUCAACAACAACACCCAGGUGUUAGACAAAUCUUUUACGCUAGAUACGUCGGCUGGUUCAUGGCUUUGCCAUGGCCUUUGAUCCAAGCUUCCAUCUUGGGUAAGACCCCAGUAUGGCACGUCGCUUUCAACUGUACCAUGGGCUGUGUCUUCUCCGUCUGCUUCUUGAUCGCUGCCUGUGUUCACUCCACUUACAAGUGGGGUUACUUCACCAUCGGUUGCGGUGCUGGUAUCGUCUCCAUCAUCUCCUUGAUGACUACCACUUACACUUUGAUUAAGAAGUGUGGCGACAAGGAAAUCAAGAGAUGCUUCUUGAUCUACGUCUGCCCAAUCAUCGUCCUAUACUUGGUCGCUUGGCCAGUCUGUUUCGGUAUCACCGACGGUGGUAACGUUCUACAACCAGACUCCGAAGCUAUCUUCUACGGUAUUAUUGACUUGCUUCUAUUGGGUAUCUUCCCAGCUCUAUACGUCCCAAUGGCUAGCCACGUCGGUUACGAAAACAUCACUUACGGUAUCUUUGACUCUGCUAUCGGCGGUGCUGCUCCAGGUGGCAUGGCCCACUCUGCUUCCAUGGACAUUGAAAAGAGCCCAAUGUCUGCUACUUCUUCCCCAACUCCAGUCUCCCCAACUCCAAAGGCUGGUAUUAAGAAGCCAAAGUUGAAGUUGAAGAAAUAA